CACCUUGCUAUGAACUUAUUUUACUUCCUGGAUCUUAAUUGUUUACUCAUAAUUCACAUUUAAUUUUAGAGCUCUCAUUCGUGGCGUUUGUGUUUUAGCGUUUGCGGUUUUAUGUUUUACUUUAAGGGACGUGCAUUACACGUGAAUAGGUCACGGGAGGGAAUAUAAAUAAUGACGAGGACAACACAGUAUGUGGACGCUUUCUGGGACCCCGACUUCACCAAUACUAAAGGUUUUGAGAUCCUCUCCAAAAGAAACAAAGACAUAAGGAAGGUGUCAAAGGAGUUAGAGGAUUAUUACAAAGAAAGAGCCAAGGCAGAACAGGUGUACAGCAAAGCGAUCCAAGCCCUGGUCAGGAAACUAGAGGCUAAAGAAGAAAUCGGGGACCUGGGUAAGGCAGUAAGGGAACUAAAAACUCAGACAGAGAGGAUCGCCCGAACUCAUGAACAGGCAGGAAGUGACUUCCAAAUACUCUACAACGAGCUCAGCAAAUUCGACGACGACCAUAAAUCUAUUAAACAACAGAUCGAGGACAGAACAAAAUCAAGUCAAAAUGACAAAAUCCAAAAAUACAAAGCCUGUAUGUCGUGCAAAGAGAAAUACAUCACAAAGUGUAAAGAGAAGGAGGCAGCCGAGGAGACGUUUAACCAGGCCCGACAGAGUGUACAGAUUACCUCUAAAGACUUAGCCAAGGUCGGAAAGGCAAAAGAAAAAGCUGACGAAGCCCAACAACAGGCAGAUGUUAAUUACAAGAAUGCAGUACAGGCAGUAGAGAUCUCUAGGAAGAUAUGGGAAAAGGAGAUGGAGGAUGCUUGUAAUCAAUUCCAGCGCUUGGAGGAACAGAGGGUCGGCUUUUUUAGAGAUAGCAUAUGGAAGUGUACCAAUGUAGACUCUAAAGCAUGCGUGGAUCACGACGAGUGCGCUGAAGCUGUUCGGAACGUCUUGCAAUACUGUGAUAUAUCAAAAGACCUACAAGAAUUCAUAGAUAACAACAAAUUAUCAGGGAGAAGACCAGAGCCGAUAGUCUUUGAAGACUACGACCGACGAGCCCCCAGUACACCACCUCGGAGCCACACGAUGCGACCCCCACAGCCACUGCCUCCCAUCCAGCAGCCUAGAGUACCACCACCCAGGCCCUCUGAGGGGCCGCUCAUCUCCUUUGACGAAGCUGACGAGCAUUAUGCUUUGGCGGGAGCCAUACCGUCUGGGGAAUAUUCUUAUGCUCGUGUUUUCCAAGAUUCCAGGCCUUCUGGACCAGGUCUAACGCCCGGAUCACUGGUUAACAUUCUCAAGUCUUAUCAAGCAAAGAGUCCGUCUGAGCUGACAGUGGAGAUAGGACAGAAGGUGGAAUUCAUGAGGGACAUGAAGGCGGGGAUGACCCAGGUUAAGGUGGGGGAGAGGUGUGGUCUGAUCCCCACAGCGUGUGUCAGAAUGGGGACCACUACCUACCUGUGAAUUCUCACCUCUGGAAGAAACAACAAUAAAAAUUUACUGUGGAUAUGUUUGUCGUUGUGAAUCGCAAUGUUUAAAUGCAAUUUUUUGAAACCUUCUUUUAUUUUAUUAUUUAUAUUUAAAUGUAUGUUUAGUGUUACGUAUGAACUGAAUUUAUUACCCUUACCCGAUUUUGUGUCUCAAAGAGAGAGAAAGAGAAUUUUAAUCUGUAUUUAGUCUUACAUUAAGAUAACAAUUUGAAGCCAAAUUUCAUUAAGGUGCUUAGGAAUGGGUAAAAUAAUCAGUUUAAGUUGGCCUAUAGAAAAAAGUACUACGUAAAAAUAUCGUUACGAACUACAUGUGCAUAUGCAAUAUUUUAUGUCAGAAAUGUUUUUCAUUCGUCAUGUUGAGAAAGCUAUGUAAAAAUUGAAGUCAGUCGUUCUUUAAAAGAUUUUAUUUUUUUUAUAAUCCUAGAAGGAGCUUAUUUCCGUAUAUGAUGUUCGUUUUGUUAUGCUUGUAGUAAAGUAUAAAGAUGUUCAUUUAUAUAUAAAACAUUCAUUUGACGCUUAAUCCAUUGCCAGAUGCUGAAUUCGUUUAUUUUUGUUUUGUGUAUCUUAUAAAUUUCAUUUACUCAUACCUGACACAAACUGAUAAAAAAGAAAUGUACUUAAAAAAUUAAUUUACCGUAUUGAUGAUUUCUCAGUGACUCUGUAAAUGAAAAUAACAGAAUUCUACUUCGUUAAAUCAUCAAUGUGUUCGUAAUUGAGACAAAUUUCACUUUCACUUUCAAUUCAAUUUCUUUAUUGCAGAAGACAUACGUCUUAUAGCAGUAUUACAAGAUUAUAACAAUAGAGACUUUCAUAAGAAUAUAGAAUAAAGCUAUUUUAUAUAUUCAUGCACUGUAUAAGAUAUGAAAUCAUUGUAAUAUAAGAAAUUAUACCAAAAUGUCUCUUGAAACACGAAUAAUUCAAUUUUAGUUGUGAGACAAAUUAUGUGAUAAUGUCAGGUACUUAAGCGCUUUAAUGUUGAACAAUGUGCAAUCAGUUAUGUGGAACUGGAGUAUACCAGAUAUUCACACCUAUUCUAUUUCAAAGUUUAAAAUCAAUUAUUUAUUCUGUGA